UUUUAGAAGUUACAGGGGGGGGGGGGGGGGGGGACACACUUUUUUUCACUUUGGAAGUGUCUCUCGCGCAAACUAUUCAGUUUAGAAAAAAAUGAUAUUAGAAACCUAAAUAUCAUUUUUGAAGACCUAUCUCUAGAUACCCCACACGUAUGGGUAUGAUGACAAAAUUUUUUUUUUUAAUAUUCUGACGUAUUAAAAAAAAAACUACUUACUAGAUCUCGUUCAAACCAAUUUUCGGUGGAAGUUUGCAUGGGAAUGUAUAUCAUAUAUUUUUUUUUGAAUUUUCAUUCUGUUAUUUUAGAAGUUACAGGGGGGGACACACAUUUUUUCACUUUGGAAGUGUCUCUCGCGCAAACUACUCAGUAUAGAAAAAAAUGAUAUUAGAAACCUAAAUAUUAUUUUUGAAGACCUAUCUAUAGAUACCCCACACGUAUGGUUUGAUGAAAAAAGAUUUUUUGAGUUUCAGUUCUAAGUAUGGGGAACCCCCAAAAUUUAUUGUUUUUUUUUUAUAUUUUUGUGUAAACAUCUUAAUGCGGUUCAUAGAAUACAUCUACAUACCAAGUUUGAACAGUAUAGCUCUUAUAGUUUCGGAAAAAAGUGGUUGUGACAUGAUCGGAAAGACAGACGGACAUGACGAAUCUAUAAGGGUUCCGUUUUUUGCCAUUUGGCUACGGAACCCUAAAAACAAGGCUAACCUUUGGAACAAAUCGUUUUUUUUAUAUUACUAUGGAAAAUGCUCAAUAUGAGAGGGGGGGUCAAAAUUUCAAAGAUUAGUUACUGGGUCAAGUCAUUUGAAAGAGCUCAAAUUGAAUAUUUUAAAACAAUUUUUUUUCAUAGUGGCAAAAAACACGUUUUGUGAAAAUAAAAUACUGAUGGUAUUCUAUCCUCCCUUAUCUUCGAAGUUUACGAACGAAAAAUAUCACAUUUUUACUUAACAUUAACAUUAUCAUAAAUAUCACAGGAAAAAUAUAAACAACAAUAUUAUCUAAAAAUAUUUUCUGAAUUUAUUCCCAAUUUAACCUGCUUUUCGGGUGUUUAUCAUACUUGAUAUUUCUAUAAGAUUACAUUAAAUAAAAACAGGUUUUUUUUUCAAUUAAAACAAAAAUUGUUGAAAUUGGUUCACAAAAAAAAAACCAACAUACACUCAGGGCUAUAACCGCGAAAAUCGAAGUCCGUCAAUUGCGGGCAUUUUUCUCUGUCACUCUAAUUACGUCUUAGUGAAAGUAAAAGAGAGAGAUCCCCACAAUUUGCGAAUUUCGAUUUUCGCGGUAGGCCCCCAGGUCGCGCAAAUUAGUUACCUAGCCAAUUUAGCGAUAGAGGGCGCUGUUUACAAUUACGCUUAGUUAGAUGAGAUGAGUGAAAGUUUAUACGGAACCCUCGGAGCGCGAGUUAAACGGACUUGCACUUGACCGGUUUUUUAAAUGAGGUACGUCAAAGCCAACGUGACGUUUAUUCAAACGUAACACCGCUGUAACCCGGCAUAAUAAACGCGGGCGCCAGCUCCGUUUGACCGGCAGGUCGCAGGUAAUUAACAUAGGUAUAUUUAUUUGUUUAUUUACUCAACGAAAUUAAGGUGAUGUUCAAAAUCGCACGCCUCCCUGGGCCCCCGUUAUAAUGAGAUCGUUUGAUGUGAUCUGAUGCGUCAAAUUGCGGGCCUUUAAUGGAAGCGAAGACCUCUUCAAUGCUUCAGACGUUAGUAAAACGUCAAACGGCAAACCGGGAGUUAAUACAGUCUCAGUCUCAAAGGAAAUUUAACACAUGUAACAUAAUAAUUGCCACUUUGGUAUAACUAUCGACCUGAUUUCUCGCGUUUGGCGGCUGGGAGGUGUUGAUUCAUAAGAUAUGAAUAUGCAAUUGCGGUCUAGACACUAUCAGUAAUCAUGGCAUUGCUUUUAAGUAAUGACACAUUAUAACACAGUGUAGUGAUUGAAAUGAAAUGAUGACAUGACAACGAAGUACUGACAUUUUUAUUGUACUUGUCAUGUAUUUUUUACUAAUCCAGCGUCUGGCUGGGCAGCAGGUAGACAGUUGAUCAGUUCAGAUAAAUAGACUAACUAUAAAUGUUACUCGUUGAUAAUUUAAUAAAACGUAAUAAUAAGCUUUCCCAGCCUUUUUGGCAUCCACUCACAGCACGUCUGGUCUCAUAGAGAAUGUCUUAAGGGCUUUGCCCACAAACUGUGAGAUUGUGGGCUUUGAGGAUGCUAAAAAUGCUUUUAAAAUUGCUUGCCCGAGCAAACAAUUUCCAGACAACCCAAAAUCACAAAAGAGCUGGGAAAAUAUUUACUGUGAUUUAACUUACAAUACUCUUCUAAACAAUUGUACGAGUACAGGUCCAGAUCACGCGAGGCUUUUGGCGAUCGGAGCCCGGGAAACCGGCUACUGGCUACAUGCCCAUCCUUCACCUAAUACUGCAGGUACUAUCUUGGAUCCGACCUCCCUAAGACUGGUGGCUGGUUUGCGACUCGGGGUUUCGUUAUGUACGCCACAUAUAUGCUCUUAUGGCACGAACGUGGACCGACUGGGACACCAUGGAUUAUCUUGUCAAAAAAGUGCAGGUCGUUUUUCAAGACAUGCGUCACUUAAUGACAUAAUCCGUCGAUCUCUUGCCACCAUCAAUGUGCCUGCUCUUCUUGAGCCGACUGGCAUUAUCAGGGAUGAUGGUAAAAUCAGGCGAUGGGGUGUCCUUAGUUACUUGGAGCUUGGGACGGAUGUUAGUGUGGGAUGCUACCUGCGUAGACACACUGGCACCAUCCCACCUCCAACGGACUAAUGUAAAAGCGGGCGCAGCGGCGGAAAGCGCCGAAAUUUUGAAAUGUAAUAAAUAUAAGAGCCUCGGUAGAGAGUACCAUUUUGUACCAUUUGGCGUUGAAACUCUAGGUCCAUGGGGUCUCGGCGCGCACAAGUUUUUUGGAGAAAUCGCGAAAAGUCUGGUUGACGUAACUGGCGAACGAAGAGAUGGCGGCUUCCUCGCACAGCGUAUCAGUAUUGCGAAACAACGAGGAAAUUCCGCCAGCAUCCUUGGUACAAUGCCUCAAGGGCCUAUUUUAGAUAUAAGCUAGUUAUAGUAAUCAUCUGUAUAUAUCCAUUCUGUAUAUUGUUAUUGUAAAUAAAACGUUAUCAAUCAAUACUAAUAUUAUGAAGCUAACUCUAUCCUGCUGUCCUUUUUAUCGCUAGGCUUCUGAACCUAUUUUUGUUGUAAUUAGUACUACUCUGUGAUCCAACUCCCGGAAAGGGAGUCGUAAGUACUUAAUAAAUAAUACUAAGCAGUGGAGCAAUUAAUUCUCCUAAUAUAUAACACAUAUACAGCUGUGUGCAAUAUAAUGAGAACAAUACAUUAAAUAUAUAAUGUUAUAAUGAAAUAUAUAUUGGUUGACUGGUAGAGAAUGCCUUAAGGCAUUAAGUCCGCCAUUUGUACCUUCAUGUAUUGUGCAAUAAAGAUUAAAUAAAUAAAUAAAUGUCCAAUACAUACAAUUUAUUUUUAAGGUAAAUAUGACAUGUACUUUAAGAAUAAGGUAUUCUUCAAAAUUCUAAGUGAAAAGGUUUUAUUUCGUAAUGUCAGUAUGUAUAUCUUUCACGCCUCACAAAAUUCUCAGUAGCAAAUUGAUUCAAGUAAUCAUGAAGUUCGGGUAAAGUCGGAGAUGAAAGAAGUUUGAUUAUUUUCCUUCUGUCCGUGUAGGUAAAAAUAACAUAAUUUACCUCGAGAUAUUGGUGAUUGAUUAUUCUUUUAGAUGUUUGUCAGGGCUCUUUAUGUGUAUUAGAUACCUACGACUUUCUUACCAGUUUUCUAUAUUGCUAUGAUAAAAUACCAGUUUACAGUAUUCGCACUAUUAUUAAUAGUUUCAAUACAUCAGGCGCCAUAAUAAUUCAAUGGCAUUCGUUAUGUAACCUUGUCACUGCCAACGGCGACGGCGCGUACGCACGAUUGAGCAGCGAGUUUAGUUUAGGAUCGACCAAAAUACAACACAGUGACAUUAUUUUAGUCAAGACGACACAAACUGUGGAAACAAUUAGUUCGUUUCCGUAUUUUGUAAUCAGUGGCUCGAUCCAGAUUUUUUUAAAGUCAGUGUUUUACACAAACUAAUGUGAUUAGAUUUCCGCAAUGAUUUGGACGAUAUUAGCCAUAACAACUCUGACGGUUGUCAGCGUAAAAGUGUUUCAAAGACUUACAUGUGGCGUGUGUCAAUCCAAUGCGCGUUUGGACGGCAAAGUUGCGAUAGUGACUGGAGGUACGAGUGGCACUGGACUGGAGACAGCGCGAGGUCUGGCCCAGCGCGGCGCCAGGGUCAUCAUCACAAGCAAAAGCACUCGCCGUGGAGCUGCUGCCGCCGAAGAAAUCAUACAAACCACCGGGAACACAAACGUCUCCAGCCGUUUCUUAGACCUAUCCUCCUUACAAUCCGUAAGACAGUUCAGCAAGCUCAUAACGAGGACAGAGAAACGCCUAGACAUACUUAUCAAUAAUGCCAGCGCAUUCGGCCUUGGCAAUCACGUCACUAAAGACGGACUGCAAGUCGGUAUGCAGGUCAACUACUUCGGACCUUUUCUCUUAACCUGCCUUCUGUUGCCACUUUUGAAAUCUUCAGCGCCCAGUCGGAUCAUAAACGUGUCAUCUAUCAAACACAACUAUGCUGUAGUGGAUUUUGAUAAUCUAAACAUGGAGCGAUAUUGGAGCGAUAUAUUAACUUACGCGAAUAGUAAACUAUAUUUAAUCAUGACAACUGUAGAGUUAAGUUGUAGAUUAAAAGAUACAGGUGUAACAGUGAAUGCUUUGCAUCCAGGGGUUUCUUCCAGUACUAUUUUAAAAAAUAUACCAAAUGAUGCCGUAAGAAAAGUGAUGGAAAAAAGUGUAGGAUUUAUGUAUCAGAAUGCGAAGGAAGCGUCUCAAACCACUUUGCAUUUGGCUGUGACCCCUGAGUUAGAAACUGUGAGUGGACAGUACUUCAGCAAUUGUCGUAAAGCGAAACCUUCCAAGGUGUCACAAGACCCGUUAUUAACUAAACGGUUAUGGGAAGAAACUGAAAGAUUAGUAGAUUUUUCAUUGCCUGACUAUAGUAUAUUAUAGCUUUGGAUUUUAAAUUUAAAAAACCGGUCGAGUGCAAGUUCGUUUUACUCGCGCACCGAGGGCUCCGUACAAACUUUGAAUUAUCUUGAUAAAGACGAAAGAAUUUUGAUUAGAAAUACCUAUACUAAGUAUAAUUGUGUACAGCGCCAUAUAUCGGCAAAUCAUCUAAUUUGCGCGAAGUAAUGCACGUAUGUUGGUUUUUCGAAGAUAAUUCUCUAUCAUGUGAACCGAUUAAAAAAAAAAACUUUUAUUUGAUAGAAGGGGUUUUAAUGUAAUCUCAUAGCAAUUUCCAGUGUAACAAACACACUUAUAGUUGGUUAAAUUGCAAACUGAAUUCGGAAAAGAUUUUUGUUAAUAAAAAAAAAGUACCUAUCAAAAUAGCGGUCUGAUUAAAUUAUUCCUGUAAAAUUUAUAGUAAUUUGUAGUUCUUCGGUAAACUUUGGAGAUAAGGGGUGGGGCAUGACAUCUUUUUUCACAUUUUCCUCCUUUUUGGAGCGGAACUCUAAAAACGUAAAAUACUUAUCUUGUAGUUUCCUACAUGGGAUUUCUCCCAUGCUGUGCAUAUAAUAUAAUAUUAUUGAUAUUAAAAGGAAGACUGUGUAUAUGUAUAUUAUCGUUUUCCCCAUUUCCUUCCUGUAUUAGGAGAACGACUUAUUUCACUAUUUUUAUCCUGUAAUAUAUUUAAGUAAAAAAACCUGGUGCUGUAUUUCAAUAAAAUUUAUGUUCAAUAAUAUGUAUGUGCCUACUCAAGGAGAAAAACAAUGUUUCCCUUUUAUAACAUGAAAUACGUUAUUUUCAUAUAAUUGUCAUUAUAUCUAAUUACCGAAUAUACCAAAUACUUCAUAAAAGGUAUCCUCGGUCAUGAACCGUGCUUGAACUCCGUGACAUUACAAACGGUACUUCCUCUUUUUACUUCAACACAAUAUGGGACCUUAUGGCGGUUGGCAUUUACGUCGUGUAGUACCGCAUUAGUAUUGGCGCGCCGCUAAUAAUGGUGUAAACGCCGACCGCCAUAAGGUCCCUUUUGAUUUGGUCUGUCAUUAUUAUGGGAUGUUAAAUAUCAAAUUAAACAAAUAGGUAUUUACGUUUCAUUUUUGAACUCGAAUCAAUGACGUAAUUACACUGAUUACUUACACAAGGAACAAAUACUGUCAAAAAAGUCAAUAGAUACAAUACAAUAUAGGUAUUUCUAAAUUUAGCAACAUCAAGUAUUUUUUUAAGUGUAGGUAAUAUGUUGUUGACUAUGGGACCGUGCGAAGUGCAUGGUGGGGGUAAGUAAAGCGGUCCCAGCGCGUAAGGUGGUAAAAAUUAGAACGGAUAGCGUCUUAAACAUUUCGUACAAGUUAUAUGGCUCGAAAUGAAACUUUAAUUUACGAUUACUCCUGAAACAUUCAUUUAAAUUGUAUUGUGAAAGGCAUCAUUGUAAUCUAUAUGAAAUGCUUUACAAAACUAACGUAUUUAAUUUGAUAAUUAUUAAUACUGUAUCCGUGUAAAUAGCUUUGCAAAUGCCACAUACUAUGUGAUCUUUUUCUAGAAGUUAAGGAUGGGUACAGUAAGUUAUCCUUAAAAGAUAGACAUUCAACAUCGCGGACUUUUUUGUAGACCCAUGAAAGAGAGACAACCUCACCAUACAUUGUGUUGUUAUAGCUCAAACGGAUUAGGCAGAGUUUUUGAUUAAAGCUCCUAGCCAGCGUGAUUUUUUCCGACAACAUCGUUAUAUUUCAACCACUUUACACAAAACCUUAACAAGUUAUAUACCUAAACCUUCCUCAAGAAUCACUCUAUUGAUAGAUCAACGUCGUAUGAAAAUCUGUUCAGUAGUUUUUAGUUUUGGAGUAGUUUUAUAAGAUGUAGUGAAUUGACGCUUUCCACUAGACUUGCGGACGCGUGACAGUAGUGCACAUAGCGACGUGAUCCUGAAUGUCAAAAAUGUGUUUAUAUGGUCAUACUAAACAAAUUCUCCCAUGGAACGGACUCCCAAAUCGCGAAAAAAUAUGUAACGGUCAAAGCCGCUGAAAUAAAAAAAAAACAUUACAAUUUCAAUCGGGACGAGGGUUUAGGGAUCUCAUCAACAUGGAAUCCAGUCAUUAGUAUAUGUAAGCGAAAACGAAUAUUGACAGUCGAAAAUUUGAUUAUCGUUAGUGUUGUGUGUCGACAGAGUAACAUCUCUAGUGCGCAACAUGUUCAAAUUUAUAAACAAGACCAAAUCUGGGUAGUUCGAAAAACUCGCGCCAUUAUUAGCCAGUCUUCUCCGAGACCACGAGGACAACGCC